GCAGUACUUUAAACCGGCCCGAGCAGUGUAAGCUGUUAUCGCAAUAUGGUCCUGUUCGAGGAGUUGAAAACCAAAAUACCAUCAGUGGAACGCAAAUUUUGCACCGGAGCCAAAUAUGUCGAUCGCUUCCACGAUGUGACGCCUGUAUGUAUAUAUUCAUUUGAAUAUCAUCAUGUUCUAGGCUGGGAAUUUUGGAGAAUGCAGCAAGAUAAGGAUGAAACACUGUUUAGAACACUACAAAAAGGUAAACAUGGAGUCAUAACUCUUCUGCAUCUUACUCAAGCCACCUACUCCGGAGAUUGUAAAAAGAUUUGACACGUGGAACAAUCCUGAUGUUGAACAAACACGAAUAUUUCAUGCCCUGGUUGGUGACAAGCAGCUCGAAGUUGCACGGAAUAUGUAUCACGGCAUCAGAAGCAAAGAUCGUACCACAGCAAAAGACCUCAUUAGACCACCGGAGCCAACAUUCCUGAAAGAACUUUGUCAUACAGUUAGUGAGGAACUAUACGAGUCUUCAAAAAAGAGACCUCUCGGAAGGGUUCCCGAUCCGGAUCUGCCGGAAUCCGUCCAUCCGGAGUCCACGGUUUUCGGAUUACCGAAUGUGAAAGAUGGGGGGAUCGCACCGAUACUCAACCCACGCAAGACUCCGAUGGAGUUGGAGCGAGAGGAGGCAGAAGACCGAAAGCAUUACAUCAUUUCACACAAGCACCUCAUGCCCGGAGAACAAGGACGGCGUCGUUAUGAAAAUUUUGACAGAGACAAGGUUUAUGGAAUACCAACCUACUCAGAUGAGCGAGGAAUACACGCACGACGGGCACUCAACUGGUUUACAAAUGUUGAAAAUGUGACGAAAACGCCGAUCAUGAGUUCCCGCCAGCUGGACAGGAAUGAGCGUUUUGGACACAAACUGGGAAGAUCACGUGAUCCUAUAGCAGAUACGAUGAAAGUUCCUGAUGCUCACGUAUUCGGCAAGCCCAGUAUCCGGGGAGAACUGACCGUUGCUCAACUCCUUCACGGUAAGAUACCCAGACAACCGAUUGGUGUACCUCGAGACAACUUGAGCCCAGAACAUCAAUCCGGCACACAGCAGGAGAAAUGUGUGAGCUCAGCGCAACGAGCUGAACAGCUGCUGCCCGUGAUUCAUCACGCUCUGCGCGAAGCUUCUUUUUGGAGAGGGGCUGAAAUCACUGCUCUUCUCUGUCAUCGUUCAAAUGGAAAUGAUCUCAUUCCAAUGGUCGAAGCCCGUGAAAUAUUCGACCAUUUCGAGGUUCCACUCGAUGAAGAGCUGACCGAACAGCUGUUUGACGUGAUCAUGGUCAAGGCACCGGAAGAAAUGUGGCGUAGUGUAAGUGAAGCAAUGCAUCAGACCGUGGAAAGAAAUCUGUCCGCUGGUCGUGCACGCCAGGAUGAAGAUCACUUCCGCUGGGCGGUGGAUUGCCGAUUGAUGUCAUUGUUUCUAGACUGGAAGCGUCAUCCUGUGGAACAGGCCAAACUGAAGCUUUGCCGAUGUUACAAGGAGCUUUCUGAGAAACAGAAUCUGAGUGAAGACGCUGAUGCCGUUCGACGUCGUCUGAGGAAAGCGAUUGACGCCAAUGUGCUGACUCACAAGCUGUCCAGUGAAAUACUGUCGGGCAACCGUGGAGGACUGGUUGAAGGCGAAUGCUAUCGAAGGUUGGGUAAACCUCCGGUUGAAUUAUACCGUCCGGUGCCAAAGAUCAGAAGUGCACACAAUAUCACUGAUUACGGGGAUGAGCCAACCGUCCAAUCCGUACUCGAACCCAGCAUAUACACCGAGUACGGAUUAUCCCAAAGAGAUUUGCUGAAACUUCGGACAAAAGAAGAGAUCAAGUCCAUCAUGGACAAAGCAAACCUAACCACCAAAUUCGACUUGGCCAAGAACUUCGAUCAAGUGUGGGAUAAAGCAGUUGAGUUGGACAAGCUGAUGUUGCAGGAAGUUGCGCCCAACACAGCUGACCGCGCGAGUUUGUAUUCAUUCAAACAAGUUGCCUACCGCAUGCGGGGCGAAGAAAUACGCAAACAGAUUGAUCAACACUACGCGGAACAAUGCUGCUAACCAGAAAUUGGAAAUCCUCACAUUUGCUUGGAUUUUAACAACAGUCAAUGAAUCGCCCGA